AUGCUCUCGCACUAUUUGCUUCUCGUUCUGGGCGCCAUCUCGGCCGCUUUACUUGCUUGGAGGUUCACCACGCUGUUGGUGAGGUAUGUCCGGACUGUAACAUGCCUCCACAACGACACUCAGCGCUACUUCGCCCAGCCUUCAGAGAAGUACUCGUGGUUCAAGAAGAACGUGCAAUACGCACCCAUCCUCAGCAAGCGCCACAACCGCGAGUUUCACCUUAGCUCUGCCGUCAACGUCGGCACGUUGCCUACUCGGAUGCAGCUCGUCUUCUUGCUCGGCUAUCUCGCAACCAACGUGGCAUUCUGCGUCAUGACCAUCGAGUUUUCUGGGUCGCUGAAGCAAGUUGCGGCCCUGGUUAGGAACCGGACGGGCUAUCUUGCCGUCGUCAACAUGAUUCCUCUCUUCCUGAUGGCUGGCAGAAAUAACCCGCUUAUCAACCUCCUCGGUAUCUCAUUCGACACAUUCAACCUUCUGCACCGGUGGCUGGGCCGCAUCGUGAUGCUCGAGGCCGUUGCCCACACUCUGGCAUGGCUUGUGAGCAAAGCCUCAACCGACCGCUGGGACGGCGCUUUCAACGCCAUCUUCAAGGCCCCUUUCUUGAUGUGGGGUUUCAUUUCAACCUGCGCCAUGGUCGUCAUUUCCAUCCAAGCAGCAAGUAUAUUCCGCCAUGCCUAUUACGAGACCUUUAAACUUGCUCACAUCGUCCUUGCCAUCCUCUCUGUCCUCGGCCUUUGGUACCACCUGGACCUGAAGAAGUUGCCGCAGCUUAAAUACCUCUACGCUGUCGUCUCCCUGUGGGUCUUCGACCGCGCCGCCCGCCUGCUCCGCGUCGGCUACCGCAACAUCGGCGCGGGCGGCACCAAGACCCUAGUAGAAGCCCUUCCCGAUGGCGCGUGCCGCGUGACGGUGACGAUGGCGCGUCCAUGGAACUUCAAGCCCGGCCAGCACGCCUACCUGUACAUGCCGACCAUCGGCUUCUGGCAGUCUCACCCGUUCACCGUCGCCUGGAGCGACGAAGCCGACCAACCGGACGGCGAGAAACUCCCCAUCCGCCGCCAGGACGUGCUAGCCGCGAAGAAGACCACCCUGUCCUUCAUCAUCCGCGGCCGCACCGGGUUCACCAGCACGCUGUACAACCGCGCCGCGGCACACCCUGACGGCAAAAUGGUCACGCGCUGCUUCGUCGAGGGCCCCUACCGCGGAUCUAGCCGGUUACACUCGUACGGUACCGUCAUGCUCUUUGCGGGAGGCGUCGGCAUCACUCAGGCUGUCCCGCAUGUCCGGGACCUUGUUGGGGGCUACAGCAACGGCACAGUGGCGACGCGCAAGGUGAUCCUGGUCUGGGCGAUCCAGUCGCCCGAGCACCUUGAGUGGAUCCGCCCGUGGAUGACGGAGGUCCUGGCCAUGGAGAAGCGGCGCGAGGUACUGCGCAUCAUGCUGUUUGUCAGCCGGCCGAGGUCGACUAAGGAGAUCCACUCGCCCAGCUCGACGGUGCAAAUGUUCCCCGGCAGGCCCAACAUCGACACGCUGCUGGGCAUGGAGGUGGAGAACCAGAUCGGCACCAUGGCGGUCUCGGUGUGUGGGCCGGGUGGGUUGAGUGAUGAGGUGCGGCGGGCUGUGAGGAACAGGCAGUAUCAGGGGAAUAUCGAUUUUGUCGAGGAGGCGUUUUCGUGGUAG